CAUGCAAAUAAUUAAAGUAAAUUUUUAACAACAAAUUUUUGAAGAGAUAAAGUUAGAAAAGAGUUGCAUUAAACUGAAGCAAAUAGUUAUUGUUAACAUUCAUUAUGUUUCAAAGCUGCUUCAAGAGCUACAAUACAUACAGCAGCUAACAAAUUCUUUGGUUUUGCGGUAGGCAACCUGUUUGUGGUGUGACUAAUGUUUGGGUAAAUUUUGAAAGCUGCUUAAACAGAAAAGAAAAUGGCAUAUAAUUCUUAUCAGUCUGAUCAGUUCUUAUGGGAUGUAUUUCAGAGGGUUGAUCGUGAUAGAAGUGGUUCUAUAACAGUCAAUGAAUUACAAAUGGCUCUUUCUAAUGGUACAUGGCAGCCAUUUAAUCCUGAAACUGUUCGAAUGAUGAUUAGCAUGUUUGACAAAGAUCAUUCUGGCACCAUCAACUUUGAAGAAUUCAAAGCUUUGUGGAAAUAUAUAACAGACUGGUUAAAUUGCUUUCGAAGUUUUGAUACUGAUCGUUCAGGUAAUAUAGAUCGUAAUGAAUUGAAGAGUGCCCUCACGACUUUUGGUUAUCGUUUAUCUGAUGCAUUUUAUGAUCUUCUAGUUCAAAAAUUUGAUAGAGAUGGAACAAGAACUAUAAAAUUCGAUGAUUUCAUACAAUGCUGUGUAUUGCUACAACCAUGCAAAAGCAGUGGCCUUGAAAUCAUAUGCCAAUUUUUUUGCCAAUUUCUUCUUGGUGUGCUUCUGUCAUCAAAAAUUGAAUCAUUUUCUUAUUAUAUCUAUGAAAGAAUAUGUUGUUAUUCUACAAAUUUUAUAACUUUGUGAAUUUAUGUAUCAUAUGUUAUUAAAUAUUUUCAUAUUGUAA